AUGACCGGCUCCUUGCAUUACCCGUUGCUGCUUGUGUGCUCACUGGGGACCCUGGCCAGCAAACUCAACGUGCCGCAGGUGUUGCUCCCUUUCGGCCGGGAGCCAGGCCGGGUUCCCUUCCGGCUGGAAGCGCAGCGGGGCUGCUACACUUGGCAUUCCACCCACCAUGAUGCAGUUACUGUUGAACCUUUAUAUGAAAAUGGCACCUUAUGUUCCCAAAAAGCUCUCCUUAUUGCUGAAUCCACCCAGCCGAUACGCCUCAGCAGUAUUAUCCUUGCUCGAGAGAGAGUGACUGACCAUGAACUGCGCUGUGAUGUUAAGGUUGACGUGAUAACCAGCAUUGAAAUUGUAUCUCGAACCCGGGAACUCUAUGUAGAUGAUUCACCACUAGAGCUGAUGGUGAGGGCGUUGGAUGCUGAAGGAAACACGUUUAGUAGUUUGGCGGGGAUGAUGUUUGAGUGGAACGUUGCCAAGGAUAACGAGUCAGCAAGAGGAGAGCUAUCUAGCAAAAUUAGGAUUCUGAAAUACUCUGAGGCAGAAUACUCUCCCCCGGGGUAUAUCGCUGAGAUGGAAAGAGAAGACAAACGAGGAGAUAUGAUUUUGGUGUCUGGUAUUAGAACGGGUGCUGCUGUUGUAAAAGUUCGAAUCUAUGAGUCCUUCUAUAAGAAAGUGACAGCAGCGUUGAUCCGUCUACUUGUUUUGGAGAAUAUAUUUCUUAUACCGUCUCAUGAUGUCUAUCUCUUAGUAGGAGCAUAUAUUAAAUACCGAGUUGCAAAGAUGGUUCAGGGAAGAAUGACAGAGGUGGAAUUUCCCCUGGAACAUUAUACGUUGGAAAUGCAAGAUCAUAGAGUUGCCUGUAACCGAUCUCUUUCUGAGAAAGUGGCUUUACUGGAUGAGAAAACAGCCCUGGUGACGGCAGUCCAACUGGGCCAAACGAAUCUUGUCUUUGUCCAUAAAAAUAUCCAUAUGAAAUCUGUGUCUGGACUUCCAAAUUGCACCAUCUAUGUUGUGGAGCCCGGAUUUCUAGGUUUCACUGUCUUACCUGGAGACCGAUGGAGCCUUGAGGUGGGACAGAUGUAUGUCAUUACCAUUGAAGUCUUCGAUAAAAGCAGCACCAAGGCCUACAGUUCAGAUACUAAAAUUAGUCAACCCACAGGAUUUCCAAUCAAACACCAGCAAGAAGUGAAGAUCUAUUUUCCCAUCAAGCUCACACCCAACUUUCUGGCGUUUCCUCAUCACCCUAUGGGAAUGGUAUAUCAUUACCAAGUACAGGUAGAGGGCGGCAGUGGCAACUUCACCUGGACGUCUUCUAAUGAAACCGUGGCCAUGGUAACCACUAGAGGAGUGGUAACUGCUGGCCGAGUCAGGGGCAACAGCACUGUUUUCGCCAGGGAUGUACAAAAUCCCUUUCGAUAUGGAGAAAUUAAGAUAUAUGUCCAGAAACUGAACAAAAUGGAGUUAUUACCGUUUCAUGCUGAUGUGGCAAUUGGCCAGAUUAUAGAGAUCCCCAUCGCAAUGUAUCACGUAAACACGGAGACCAAAGAGACCCUUGCAUUCACAGACUGCUCUCACUUACCCUUGAAUUUGAACAUGGAUAAGCAAGGAGUCUUUUCUAGUCUCAAAGAAGGGACUCGGAAACCGGGGGCGGCGCACUGCUCCAGUGCACACAUAGCGGCCAGAUCGCUGGGCCACACGCUGGUGACCGUGAGCGCGAGGGACUGUGGAGAGCGCCUGGAGAGUAGCGCCACCUUUGCUGCUUAUGAACCCUUGAAGGCUGUGAACCCCGUGGCUGCAGCGUUGGUGACAUGGAAGUCAGUGAAGGAAAUGCUCUUUGAGGGGGGCCCUCUCCCAUGGGUCCUAGAGCCCUCACGGUUCUUUCUGGAGCUGAGCACAGAGAAAACCGAAAAGAUCCAAAUAACACAAGUCCGACUGCCGACCAAGAGGAAACAGCACCAGUACAUCUACCGGGUCCUGUGCCUGGACUUGGGGGAACAGGUUCUGACAUUUCGAAUUGGAAAUCACCCAGGUGUCCUGAACCCCAGUCCAGCUGUAGAAGCUGUGCAGGUGCGUUUCCUAUGUGCCUACCCUGCCAGCAUGUCGGUAACUCCAGUGUACGAGGUGCCAGCUGGUGCCCAUCCAUGUCCUCUGCCACAGCACAACAAGCAACUGAUUCCUGUAUCGAGCCUCAGGGACACUGUCCUGGAACUGGCCGUGUUUGACCAACACAGGAGACAGUUUGAUAACUUCAGUUCACUAAUGCUCGAAUGGAGAUCUUCCAACGAAACAUUAGCCCGUUUCCAAGAUCACACGUCAAUGGACAUGGUGGCAAAGGAUGACGGCAGUGGGCAGACCCGGCUACACGGCCAUCAGAUCCUGAAAGUGCAUCAACUACAAGGGACUGUCCUCGUUACGGUCAGUUUUGUGGGCUAUUCUGAGAAGAACAGUCCGAAGGAGCUUUUGAACUUGCCCCCCUCGGCAGCUGUGGAGCUGCUCCUGGUGGAUGAUGUAACUGUCCUGCCCGAGAAUGCCACCAUCUACGACCACCCCGAUGUCAAGGAAAUAUUUAGCCUUGUGGAGGGAUCUGGCUAUUUUUUAGUCAACAGCAGUGAACAGCACAUUGCCACUGUCACUUACCUGGAAUCAGAAAGUUUUGUCCAAGUGGUUCCAACACACCCUGGAUUCCUCACCUUGGAAGUCUAUGACCUGUGCUUGGCUUUCUUGGGUCCAGCAGUGGCCCACCUCAGGGUGUCGGACAUACAAGAGCUGGAGCUUGAUCUGAUCGAUAAGGUCGAGAUAGGUAAAACAGUGUCAGUGACAGUGAGGGUUCUAGGCCCUUCCAAACACCCGUUCCAGAACAAGUACUUUAGGAACAUGGAGCUCAAGCUGCAGUUGGCCUCGGCCAUCGUCACCCUGACGCUAAUGGAGGAGCAGGACAAGUAUUCUGAACAUUACGUCCUUCGAGCCCUCACCAUCGGACAGACCACGCUUGUGGCCACUGCCAGGGACAAGAUGGGGAGAAAGUUCACUUCAGCUCCUCGGCAAAUUGAAGUGUUUCCUCCGUUCAGACUUGUUCCCGAGAAGAUGACACUGAUCCCACUGAACAUGCUACAGGUCAUGUCUGAAGGGGGUCCCCAGCCCCAAUCGAUCAUUCACUUCUCCAUCAGCAAUCGGACCGUGGCCGUAGUUAACCGGAGAGGACAAGUGACAGGGAAGGUGGUUGGCACAGCCGUGGUCCGUGGCACCAUCCAGACAGUAAAUGAAGACACCGGCAAAGUCAUUGUGUUUUCCCAGGAUGAAGUACAGGUUGAAGUCGUUCAGCUAAGGGCCAUCAGGAUCCUUGCAGCUGCAACCCGACUCAUCACAGCCACCACGAUGCCAGUUUAUGUCAUGGGAGUGACCAGUACUCAGACCCCGUUCUCCUUUGGCAACGCCCAGCCUGGGCUCAGGUUCCACUGGUCCAUGAGCAAACGAGAUGUACUGGAUCUAGUGCCCAGGCACUCAGAGAUGAACAGCUCCUUUGGGCAGUUUGAGGAGAAUUUGUUGGAACUAUCUGAUGAAGUUCAGAUUCUGGUGUUUGAAAAACUCCAGCUUUACUAUCCAGAGUGUCAAGCUGAGCAAAUUCUAAUGCCUAUGAAUUCUCAGCUCAAACUGCAUACCAACAGCUUCACGGUUUCAGGAUUCAUCCAUGUUGCACCGGUGACGUACCUGCGAUUGAGCAGCCAACCCAAGCUGUACGUGGCCCCAGGAAGGACCCUGUCAGCUUUUCCCUUGGGCAUGUCUCUCACCUUCAUUGUUCAGUUUUACAGUAGCAUCGGGGAGAAAUUCCACACACACAAUACCCACCUUCAUCUGGCGCUAAACAGAGACGACCUGCUGCUUAUUGGACCAGGGAGCAGAAACUAUACUUACACAGCCCAGGCUGUGAACAGGGGGACAACACUUGUGGGGCUCUGGGACCAGCGACACCCGGGCAUGGCAGACUAUAUGCCCGUCACUGUCGAGCAUGCCAUUGAGCCAGACACCAAGCUCACCCUUGUUGGAGAUGUCAUCUGCUUCCGUGCCGACCUCGUCAGCCAGCACGGAGAACCUGGAACGUGGAUGAUUUCUUCCGACAGUGUCCUCCAGACAGACAGUGUCACCGGGGUAGGAGUGGCCAGGAGCCCGGGAACAGCAACAAUCUUUUAUGACAUUCCAGGAGUAGUGAAAACAUACCGAGAGGUAGUGGUCAACGCCUCAGCAAGAUUAACUCUCAGUUAUGACAGCAAGACGUGCCUCACCAACACCCCCGAUGCAGCGGGGUUCAAGCUCUUCCUCACCACUGGCAGAAACGGAGCCCAUCUGAAAGGCUCCUGCACGCCAAGCCAGGUCUCGGCCAUCGUGACGGUGCUGCUCCCGGAGACCCUCCUGCUGUGCCACAUCCAGUUCAGUAACACCCUGCUGGACAUCCCAGCGAGUCACGUGUUUCACGUCCAGUCAGAUUUCAGCAUAGAGAAAGGGGUCUAUGUCUGCCAGAUCGAAGUUCGGCCCCAGGCGGAGGAGCUGCGCCAGGCCCUCAGCAUGGCUGACACCUCAGUCUACGGGUGGGCCACACUGGUCAGCGAACAGGGCAAGAACGGAAUGCAAAGAAUCCUCAUUCCUUUCCUCCCAGCCUUUUACAUCAACCAGUCCGAACUGGUUCUCAGCCCCUCGCGAGUCGCUGGGGAGAUCCGUGUGCUGGGGGUGGAGCGAGUGCUGGAGAAACUGGAGGUCUUCCCCAGUUCCCCUGUCCUGGUGGUGUCUGUGGACGCACACUCUGCCCUCACGCCUGGCCUGGCCAUCUACCCCAUCAGAGUGGUCAACUUCACCUCCCUCCAGCAGAUGGCCUCACCCGUUUUCAUCAACAUCUCCUGUGUGCUCACCGGACAAAAAGAGGCUGUGCGGGUGAGAGCUACGAAGGAUAAGUCCAGUACAGCCCAGGGUGAAGACUCGGGGGUGCUCCAGCAGCUGGUUGGCUCUUACCAGAUCCUCUUCUUCACUCUCUUUGCGGUGCUGGCUUCAACGGCUUUCAUCUUUCUGGCAUACAACGCCUUCCUAAACAAGAUACAGACGGUUCCAGUGGUUUAUGUACCAACUCUGGGACCACAACCAGGUAAGAAGCUGAUAGCCCUCUUUAGAAAGCUGAGCCACACAGGUGAAUCAACUAGCGCCUCCCCCCUUCUCGUUUCUAGGUUCUUACAGCUCUCCGUAUCCACCCCGCCGCUACCUGACAUCUCCACCUUCUACCUUGUCCAGAAGGUCAUUUGA